AUGGCCGCCUCGACUGACGCCGCCGCCGCCCUGGUGCACUCUGCUCUUGCUGCUUUUAUCUUUGUCAUGGUUGGAGACUCCAAUGUUGUAAUCGGCGCGGUUCUCCAAGAACACCUUGUAGGUCAGACCAAACUGCUAACUUUCUUCUCGACAGAGUUAGCACCUUCUGAAUGGCGCUACAUUACAUUUGGACGGGAGUUAUUAGCCGUCUAUUAAGCCGCGAACCGCGUCCGGUGCUUUCCCUAGCGCAAGGACUUUAUCAUUUUCAUGAACCACGAGUCUCCUUCCUUUGCUGUUUAAUCCAAUCGUGACGAACUCCGCUGUCACGGAUUCCACCGCGAGCCUCGUCGACCGAAUCUAUACGGGAAAGGGGCUUGACUGAGAGCAUUAAUUUUAUUGUUAGACGGGCACAAGACGCCGGGAUCGCCUUGUGAAUGAUAGUUCUGGGUGAUCGCUCGCAGGACGCAGAUAGGGUGUUGUGGUCGUAUACAUGGCGUGGCAACAGCGACUGAACGCCUUUCCGCAGCGUUCUACUCUGCCUUCGGCCCCGUGACGCCGAUCGAUAUUUCUUUCUUCAUCAAUUGGUGAAUGUGCACGAAUUUCAGACACACGCACGCACGCACACCGCAGGAAGACUGACAGCACCAAAGGCUGGCUUUCGAACUGCUGGAAAUAUUGCUGACACUGCCUUCUGAAUUGAUUUUACGCCCGCUCGCAGUGGUGAAGUUUGUCCUUCUAAGUCUGUCUCCGCAACUUUUCAAUUUGGGAAACCCCUCGAAGUCGAACGUUGAAAUUCGCCAGCUGCUUUUGGACGUAAAUGAAUGGUGUGGGCUGGUUGAGGAACAAUAGGUGGGCUAACUCAUGAAAUGUCAACCAAAAUUCCGAAAUGCGUUUUCGUUUCGAGAGGAUUAAUUAAGUAGGAUUGUAAAACUAGUCAGCCUGGAACAUAAUUCUAUAAUAGUUCAGUUAUUUCAGGAUGCCGGCUUUCGAAUGAACUUCCUUCCGACUGCAUGCAAAAACUACACUCUGUAAAAAAUGACUACUUAUGUAGCAUGAUUUUUUUCUCAUUGAUUUUCGAUGCCCUUAAAAGUUCAAUUAUAUUUCAUGGAUAACAUGCGCAAAAUAUUCAUUCUUUUGCUCAUUCGGCAGAACUUUACGGCUUCUUCCAAUCUCAUACUCGAAGGGAGUGUAUAAUUCGGUUUUCAAAAACUUUUCCAAUUCCCGAAUAAUUGUGAACCCGCGCUACCGGUACACUUGCAUUCAGGGUUUCCAAACUACAAGCCGUAUGUUUUCCGCGUGCGGAAAACCACACAUUUCUCUACGGUAAUAAAAGGAGACUGUAUAGGGUUCAUAAAAUUUGGCAGUGGAUUUGAUCCAUAUUUUUAACUUUUCGAGCCACAUUGGUAAAUGCAGCGACAUGACAAUUUAUGAACGGUCAUUUCACGGUAUUUAAAAGUCCCACAAUUAGAAACUUUUUUAAAACUGAAUUAUAUACCCCCUUCGAGCAUAAAGUUAGAAGAAGACAUAAUUUUCUACCGAAUGAAAAGGGAAGUUAAUAUUUUAUGCAUGUUUUCCUUGAAAUAUAGUUGGACUUUUAGGGGCAUUGAAAAUCAAUGAGAAAAAAUAACGCUACAUAAGUAGUCAUUUCUUACAGAACGUAAGUUUUGCAUGCAGCGGAAAGGAAGUUCAUUCAAAGGCCGGCAUGCUGAGGUAACUGAAAUAUUAUGUAAUUAUGUUGCAGGCUGACUAGUUUUACAACCCUACUUAAUUAAUCUUUUCGAAACGGAAACGCAUUUUGGAAUUUCGGUUGACAUUUCAUGAGUUAGCCCACCUACGAGAGUAGAGUCACGGCAUGCGGUCGCACAGCCACCAGCACUAAUGAAGAACGAAUGCGAAGAAUGAGAAUAGUGUGUGGAAUGGCAUUUCCGGGAUUAUUAACUGUUGCCACGUAGACCAUACGGAUGUGGUGGACUGGAUGAGACGACAGUCCCCAUGGUUUGGGUUCAAGUAAAAAUGCGUAGAUUUAGAGGAUGAUGUGAAUUAUGGACAGGACUAUCAGUCCUGAGACCUAGUGUGCGCGUUGUGAUGUUGGGUGCGAUCGGGUAUACGAAUAGGCGUGGGAAUCUGUUCGGAUGAUGUACUUUGAGCAGGGUAGGUGGUCGCGGCGUUAUGCCUUGGAGGUAUGAGUAGAGCUCCGGUAUGCGGUCAUACAGCGACUAGUACUAACGCAGAAUGAACGCGGAGAUUGGGAAUGGCGAGUGUGAUGAAAUUUCUGGCUUAUUAACUGCUUUGCAACCAUGUACCAAUGUGCUGUUUGGACGAGGUGGACGCCUCGGUGAGUGGGUUUGCAGCAAAUAAUGCAUGAGCACCUGAUUAAGAGGGAUAAGAAAAGAACGACUUGAUGUAUGAAGAUGAAUGUCAGGCAUGAUAAACGUUGAGCACAAUGUCUCUUGACCCGCGAUAGGGAACAAGAUUGAGUCUGGGAGGCCGGUUGAACAAGGUAGACGGAGCAUGCAUGAUGGUCGUGGCGUUGUGCCUUACAGGUGUGUGUAGAGCUGUGGUAUGCAGCGGCUUUUCAACCAACACCAACGCAGAGAAGAUGCGAAGAAUGAGAAGGGAGAGUUGGAAAGCAAUUCCGGUUUGUCAGCCGCAGUGAAACGGGCAUCAUUUUGCGAUGGAUUGGAUCAGACGGAAAUCUCAGUGGCUGGGCUUAAGUUAAAGAAUGCUUAUGUGCAUGAGUGGAAGGAGGAGGAGGAGGAGGAGGAGGAGGAGGAUGCGAAAGCAUCAGAGUUCUGCGCGUGGGUGAUUGUGAUACGAUUAAGGACAGGAAUGAGCAUCGGAGGCUGUUUAAGGGAUAUACAGUAGAUGUGCUAUCCCAGUGAAUGUUAAGCAUAAUCGUACAAUUUGUUUUUGCGUAGAAAAGACUGCUUAAGUAGGGCUGCAGGAUUAAUUAUCUUGUAACAUAAUCCUGAAAUAUUUCGGUCAUAGCAGGAUGUCGGCUUCCGGAAGAGCCACUCACCAGUUACCUUUAAAAACUACACUCCGAAAAAAUGACGGCAGCGGUAUAGAGAAGGGUCCCAUUUAGCUGUCAAUAGACUGGGGAUCGUGUCAAAUGGGGUUUUAUCUUGGCACACAUUUGCAGGCUGUUGCAGAAAUUACACUGCCAACAACGAUUACUUUCCACGACCUCACACCUUAACUCAAAAUCCGUUAUUUUGUGAAAUUUACUUUCUGUUUAUUGUUUAAUUACUACUCUCAUUUCUGUUGUCGUAGAAUAGUGUAGGAUAAGACUUUCGGCAUAAAUCCAGGCAAUUUUUGUGUUUUCUUUCUUUUUUGUCAGGUUACUGUCUAGCGUGCUGCCCCACCCAUAAAACUCCUUUUACCAUAAAUCACGUAUGGCGCGAUCCACAGUCUACUAACAGUUAAGUGGGGUCCUUCUCUACACCGCUGCCAAAGUGACUACUUAAGUAGCAUGAAAUUCCCCAUUGGUUUUCGAUGUCUCGUAAAAUUCAAAUGUGUAUAAUGGAAAGGGCGCAUAAACAUAUUAUCACUCGUACUCAUCUGACAAAAAACCAUGGCUUCAAAUUUUGCACUUAAGGAAAUGGCAUCUUCCGCCUUUAGAAAACGUUUUUGAUUCCUGAAGGAUUUUAUACCCGACCUGUUGUCGCACUUGCAUUCCGGCUUUCCACUCUACAGGCUGUAUAUUUUGUACGCAAAGAAAGUCACUUAAUUCUAUAUGCUGCUAAGAAGGUGUUAUGUAAGGCUCAUUAAAUUUUGCAGUGGGUGUGAACCGUAUUGUAUGCUUAGCUAUCAGAAUCAAUAAUGUACAAAUUGACAUUUCACCGCCUUAAAAUGUCAGUAUUAGAAAGUCUUUAAAUCCCAAGGAAACCCUUUCUCUAUGUAUAAAGGUUGAAGAAGAUGGGAUUUGCUGUCAACUAAGCAUAACGAAUAUUUUGUGCAUGUUUUCUACACUGUAUUUUUGAAUAACUAAAGGCAUCGAAAAUCAGUGGGAGGGAUUCAUAUUGCUUAAGUUGCAAUUUUUAAUAGAGUGUAGGUCUUACGGGCAGUCGAAAAAGUCAGUACUCUGCCGUGACUGAAAUGUCCGAAGAUUAUGCUGCAGGGCAAUUAAUAUUACGAGUCUAGUUAGUUUACAUGUUCUGGUCGAGAACAUAUUUUAGAAUUUCGGCUAACGUUUCGUGAGAUGACACAUCUACUGCAAGCAGAACAGAGAAAAUGACCGUGGCGGUGUGUAACUUAUGUGCAUGCUUUUUGGAUAUCGGCCAAGACUGGCGGGAAAUGAACUCGGAUACUGAGAAGGGAAUGUGAGAUUGCAUUACUAGCGUACUAGUCGUUGUCAGGCAGAUGUAUGGAUGUAGAGUGGCAUUGCCAACAAAGAUGAGGGAGACUAGAAUGGCCAUUUCUGACUUAUUAGCCGUCGCCAGCCAGCCACACCCAACCCCGAGAUAUGGAACACAUGGGACCUGAUCCCAGGACCUUUUGAUUAGAAGUCCAACGUCCUAACUACUGAGCCACGGCGUUGUUGUCCCGUCGGUUGCGAUCGGGACUUCUAACCAGCAGGUCGUGAGAUCGAGCCCCAGGUGUCCCGCACCUCGGAGUUGGGCGUGGCUGGCUGACAACGACCAAUAAGUCGGAAAUGGCCAUUCUAGUCUCCCUUGUCCUAGUCGGUAAUGCCAUUCUGCCUAUGUUACUCGCCGCUGUGCAGGUGUUGGUGGGGCUUGAGAAAGAGCCCCGAGGCACAACGAAAGGAGUGAGUUCCGUGGCGCGAUCAGUGAGCGUCGCUCUACCAGACACACGGAUGUGUAGCGGGCAACCAUCAUAACCGGCCUGGCGUCAUCGUUCAAGACCUCGCUGCCUCAAGGUCAUUCACCCCUUGUAGCGAGCCGUCCCAGACGAGCUGACCUGAAGCCCCUCGGCCGACUUCAGCUCGGACACAAUUGCGUCCACACGGCGUCGCGGCUACCCAUGCGCCACUUGCGCGCCACCCCCUGCAACCAGCAAAACAAGCCACUGGGACACCAUCCCUCGGCAGAUGCAACACACACCGACUGGACACCACUUGAGCUUGGCCCACGAGCCUGCAAAAGCGGCUGCCACCACUAUCUCAGUGACUCUCAGGCCUGACUGGACACAGUCAACACCAGUCCUGGCUUCGCCAGUGGCCACUGCCGCCUGAGAGAACAAAUUCGGGUUCUGUGCACAUUAAGCUCCUCAUUCUGGUGCCUUCCGUCGUCUCCUUUCAAUCUGGGAUUUGACUUGGUAAUUGUAGCUCACAGACUAUACACAUUCUCACUGCUGUGCCGCUACAGAUGUCUAAGUUUGGAUAAGACUUAGGAUCGUGAAACUGAACUCUUAUUGAAUAAUCUGUAAGUGAAUAAGUGGGAGUUGGAAAAUGCACAAUAUGGACAUGAUAAUUUAGAAGCAUGAAACACCGUGAGCGGGCUGUGAUAUGGAGUGUUAUCGAAGUUAAUACUUGACGUGUGAAUUUGACUGAGGUAUGCAUUUGGAGCAGGCUAGUUAGUCGUUACGCUGUAUCGUGUAUAUGCCUUUAGAGCCCUGAGUGCAAGACUGAAAGUCAGGCUGAAUGGCCUCUUCUUAACGUAGCCUCUAUAACACUCUCACGUAUGUGAAAUCCGAGCUGCCAGAAGUAUUUAAUGGGGAAAAACGAUCAAGCGUGCGGCGGUUUAACUUUGUCAGCCACCACGCCUGCACCCAAAUCCGGUCGUCCCAGCUUUGCCCUGCGACCACGGCAAGGUGGGUGAGGGAAGAGGUGGUGUAGCAAAUGCUAUGCAAAGUUGCCUCAACAUAACAUGAUUCACUUGCUAGUCAUCGAUGCUGUGCUGACACCGUAGGGCACGCGGUGUACGUCGUCAAGUACGAUGACGAGUCUGUCAAUUAGAGCUUUGACAUGAAUUCGCAAGCCGCCACCACUAAUACAGAAUGAAUGCUGAAAAUGAGAAAAUACACACAGAGGACACUUUUGAUAUUAACUUUUGUCCUCCAGGAAUAAUGAUGGUUUAAAAUGUGUUAAACAUUUUGGGAAUGGAGACCCUUAAGAUAGCACUGUGUGAGGAAAGCCGAUUAUUCGGGAAUGAAAACUACAAUAUGGUCUACAGGCUCCGCCUGCAUUAAACAGGGAACCUUAAUAUGUCUUGUUACACGGACUGAACACUUUGUCUCUAAUUUCGCGACUGCCGGUAUAGAAGCAAGGUAAUUCGGAAUGUCUGACCCACCGACGGUUGUUUAAUGGAAUAAUCCCGGGUUGGGAAACGCAUGUCCUUAAAUCUAGGAGGCCAUCGCAGAAAUGGACAGAAUUUAUCCUUGCAUGCCUUGUAAGGGACAUUAUUCAUGACGUGCGGAGAUUUACCACACUCACACAGUGAAGGUUUAAAACACUAUUACUAAGGCCCACGCAUGCCAGUUCGACCAUCGUUACCGACGAUGUUCCAGGUGGGGGAGAAGGACAGGGUGCGGCAGAUGCUGUGGAUGUCUAGAUUAACUAUAAACGUCACCGUCCCUGAUCCACCUGCUGUAGAGCACACGGUGGACAUCUUCGGCAAUGACGGUUGAACUACCAACCGACGAUAUCCACCAUAAUCUUCACAACAGGGAGGUUGCAGGCACAGUCGCCCGGCCGAGAACUGGCUUAUAGUAACAGACGACUGGCGUCGGAUCUAACGCAUCCUCUUUUCCUCAUCCACCUGGACCCGGCGUCAAGACAAAGUCAAGAAGACCGGGGACGGUAUAGGACACAAAUUUCAGGUACGGGAGAAGAAGAAGAAGAAGAAGAAGAAGAAGAAGGAGGAGGAGGAGGAGGAGGAGGAGGAGGAGGAGGAUAGAAGUGGUGGUUCGGAAGAGCAGUCAGAGUUAGUUGGCGGCGGAGAGGACGAGGAAGAGGCGGACGAGAGACGACGGUUGGUGCGGUCCGAGAGAUGCAAUUGA